CAUGGUCUCCUUGCAGCACCUCUCUCACGCACUGUGCAUCGCUUGCAGAAAGCGUAUGUAGCUUUGCUUGAUGCUCCUUGCUCUUAUCAAGACGCUGUUUGCACACAUGGCCGCGGCGUUGACUCCCUGCGCGCCGGGCAGCAGCUUCGUAACGCUUUCGUUCGCGGACGUGCCGGCGCCACCUGCGCAGCAGCCGCAGGAGCAAGCGCAGCCGGUGCAGCCCAGUGCAAACGGGCAGGAGCCGCAGCCGCAGCCGCAGCCGGUGCAACCCGGUGGGGGCGGGCAGCCGCAGCCACCGCCCCCGCCGCCCAAGCAGCUGACUGUCGACCGGGCUGUGCUGUGGCACGCCUCCACAGUGCUCCGCGCCAUGUUUGAGGACACCUGCAGUGGCGGCGGCGGCGGUGGCGGCAGGAAGGGCGGCGGCGGCGGCGGCUGCAGCAGCCCGGCAGCAGUGCUGCAGCUGUCGGGUGACCGGCCGGAGGACUGGGAGGUGGCGCUCCGCCUGCUGCACACCAUCGGAGAAGCGCUGGACCUGGUCACAUGGGACAACGUGGUGCCGCUGUGCCGCCUGGCCGACAAGUACGACAUCGCCCGCCUGCGUCACGACUGCGCCUGGUUCCUGAGUGCCAACGUCUCCAAGCUCACGCUCACGGAGCCGCUGGCAUCGCCGCAGAACCUGCUGCACGCCGCCUCCCUGGUGGAGCGUUACCUGCACCAGGUGCCCUGCAGCACGCAGCCAGUCCGCGAGCAGCUGGACUCCGUCAUUGGCCAGCUAGCCCCUCAUUCGAACCACCGGUCGUCUGAGAAAGUGGUGAUCCUCUGGUACGGCAAGCUUCCCGUGUCAGGACUGCAGCUCGCGCAGCUGGCGGCAUCUGCGGAGUACCCGGACAUCGUGGCGCCCGAGCUGCAGAAGCGUAUUCAGGAGACCACGCUGGCCGCUCUGACCACCGUGCUUAACACCUGUCUCCGCCCUUAGUCCGGCCGGUGGCAAGGCAGGCGAGGUACACACAGCCGCCAGUGGUUUAUGGGGAGCCUGCAGGGAUGCCCUGGGUUGUGCCAGGUCGUGCAUGUCGCAGUGUGUCUGUACCGUGAGACGCUUGCGAUGGAGCGAGUUUGGAAAGGGCUUCGUGAGGGACGUGAAUUGCAUUCAAAGUCGCAUACCGUAUGUGCAGCGUUAGUAAGGCGCUGGCAGGCGCGGGGUAAUAAGGCGUGGCGGCAGGCGCUGGGAUGGCACUGGAUGGCUGCCUAUGGCUGUGGAGGGGACAGGAGAGUGGUUGCCAAGCGGGCUGAAAUUUAGUACAGAUCCGU